AUGAGUACUUUCCUCUAUUCCGUCCGAGCCAGCUGCCGCAGUCUCCGGAUGCACUUCGUGCUUCCUCGUGGAUUUCUCCCUGUUUGCCAGGUGGGGAUGAGGCUAGACAGAGGUUAG